CUGGGGGCGGGAGGGCUGGAAGGGCCCAAGAGGCACCUCCGCUUUCACUUUCACUCUCCAAGGCGCGGCUAAAGCAGGCGGCGGUUCCUCCAUCCCGCCGGGCCCGGCAGCAGAUUAUCAUAUGUGGAAAUCAACAUAAGCAAGGCAAGAAUGGCAGCCUUAUUCUCUACUCUGCCAUUUGCAGAUAAAUCCUCUCUCAUGAUGAUGAUAAUGAUGACGAUAGGUGUUUUAAAUGUUGCAGUUUCUGUGAAUAAUGACCACAGUAGCAACAACAGGGAGACAGCUGAUGUAGUGUCUGGCAAUGGAAGCAAACCGUUUCCUUGGGAUAAAAUGAGGCUUCCCAAGCAUGUCAUCCCAGUGCAUUAUGAUCUUCUCCUCCAUCCUAAUCUUACCACUCUAACUUUUACUGGAUUUGCCAGAAUAGAGAUUACAGUAAACCAACAAACUAGUUCAGUCAUCCUGCACAGCAGACACCUGCAAAUUACCAGGGCUACCAUCCAAAGGAGAAUGAGAAAUACUCACACUGAAAAAGAAGUGAUGGUUUUGGAAUACCCACCAUUUGAGCAGAUUGCCCUCCUGGCAGCUUUUCCACUGCAUGUUGGACAAAACUACACUGUUAGCAUUGAAUAUUCUGCAAAUCUGUCGGAGAGUUUCCACGGCUUUUAUAAAAGCACCUAUAGAACUGAGGAAGGAGAAGUGAGGGUACUUGCAUCAACACAGUUUGAGCCAACAGCUGCUCGCAUGGCUUUCCCAUGUUUUGAUGAACCAUCCUUCAAAGCCAGAUUUUCCAUUAAGAUUAGGAGAGAACCAAAGCACCUCGCACUAUCUAAUAUGCCAAUAGUGAAAUCUGUGAAUGUUGCUAAUUGGCUAGUUGAAGACCAUUUUGAUGUUAGUGUAAAGAUGAGCACUUAUCUAGUGGCCUUUAUUGUUUCGGAUUUUAAAUCAGUCAGCAAGAUGACAACCAGUGGAAUUAAGAUAUCUGUAUAUACUGUACCAGACAAGAUCAACCAAGCUGAUUAUGCCUUAGAUGCAGCAGUGAAACUUUUAGACUUCUAUGAGAAUUACUUCAGCAUUCCAUAUCCCUUACCCAAACAGGAUCUAGCUGCUAUUCCUGAUUUUCAGUCUGGAGCUAUGGAAAACUGGGGACUGACCACAUACAGGGAAUCUUCUUUGCUAUAUGACCCUGAAAAGUCCUCUGCAUCAGCUAAACUUUGGAUUACUAUGAUAAUAGCCCAUGAGCUGGCUCAUCAGUGGUUCGGAAACCUAGUUACCAUGGAAUGGUGGAAUGAUCUUUGGCUAAAUGAAGGAUUUGCAAAGUUUAUGGAGUAUGUGUCAGUCAGUAUUACGCAUCCAGAUCUGAAAGUUGAAGAUUAUUUUUUAGGCAAGUGUUUUGAUGCCAUGGAGGUGGAUGCAUUAAAUUCCUCACAUCCUGUGUCUACUCCUGUGGAAGAUCCAGCUCAAAUUCAAGAAAUGUUCGAUGAUGUUUCCUAUGAAAAGGGAGCUUGUAUUCUAAAUAUGUUAAGGGAUUACUUGAAUGCAGAUGUGUUUAAAGCUGGUCUUGUACAAUAUCUGCGGAAGUACAGCUAUCAGAAUACAAAAAAUGAAGAUCUAUGGAACAGUCUGGCACAUACUUGUCCUGUGGGUGAUACCCAGGAAAGCCAACUACAAGGUGAUGGCUUUUGCACCAGAAACCAGCAAACAUCUUCAAGUGCACACUGGACCAGGAGAGAGAUUCUUGAUGUGACAACAAUGAUGAACACUUGGACAUUACAAAAGGGUUUUCCACUAGUAACUGCCACAGUAAAAGGAAAAAAUGUCCAUCUGCAGCAAGAGCACUAUAUGAAGGGAUCAGAUUCUUCUCAUUCGACAGGGUACUUGUGGCAUGUUCCAUUAACGUACAUUACUAGUAAAUCUGACACCGUGCAAAGAUUUUUGCUGACAACUAAAACAGAUGUCCUCAUCCUCCCAGAAGAGGUUGAAUGGAUAAAAUUCAAUGUGGGAAUGAAUGGUUAUUACAUUGUGCACUAUGAAGAUGAUGGAUGGGAUGCUCUGAUUAGCCUUUUAAAAGAAAACCAUACAGCAAUUAGCAGCAAUGAUAGAGCAAGUCUCAUUAACAAUGUAUUCCAGCUUGUGAGUAUUGGAAAACUAUCAAUUUCUAAAGCUCUUGAUUUAUCUUUGUAUUUGAAACUUGAAUCCCAAAUUAUGCCUGUAUUCCAAGGUAUGAAUGAGCUGAUUCCUAUGUACAAGCUCAUGGAGAAAAGGGACAUGGAUGAUGUAGAAAAUCAGUUAAAGGGGUACAUAGUAAAUCUGUUUAAAGACCUAAUUGACAAACAGUCCUGGAAUGAUGAGGGCUCAGUGUCUGAAAGAAUGCUUCGCAGUUCCCUACUUCUGUUUGCGUGUGCGCGCAAGUACCAACCGUGUGUGGACAAAGCAGAAGAAUAUUUUAUGAAAUGGAAGGAAUCCAAUGGAACUUUACGUUUGCCCAAUGAUGUUAAAACUGCAGUAUAUGCUGUUGGAGCCCAGACAAUCGAAGGUUGGGACUUCCUUUUUAGUAAAUACAGGCUGCCUUGGUUCAACACUGAGAGAAAUCAGAUUGAAGUUGCUCUCAGUAUUAGCAGAAAUAAGGACAAACUUCAGUGCAGUCUAGUUACCUUUUCCAUUUCCAUCCUCGUUGGGUUUUUUAGGAUAAUGGAUCAAAGUUUGUUUGGUGACGUAGUAAAAACUCAGGAUCUUCCACAUAUUAUUGUGUAUGUUGCUAAAAACCCAUCUGGCUAUCAUCUAGCAUGGACAUUUUUGAAGGAAAACUGGAAUAAACUUGUACAAAAGUUUGAACUUGGCUCACCUUCUAUAGCCCACAUGGUAAUUGGAGUGACAAAUCAAUAUUCUACAAGGGAACAGCUUGCAGAGGUAAAAGAAUUCUUCAAUUCUCUGGAGGAAAAAAGUUCACAGCUCCGCUGUGUCCAACAAGCUGUAGAAACCAUCGAAGAAAAUAUACGAUGGAUGGACAUAAACUUUGAAAAAAUCAAAAUAUGGUUACAAAAUAACAUGUGAAGGAUUUAUUAUUGCAUCUGGCUUUGAAUAUUUGAAUGUAAAUUACAAAACAUAGUGAAAAUUUCAAAAAAUCUGAAGCUUUUUUGUUGUUUUUGGGUGAGGAGAUUUACUUAGAGGUGAUAACAUGGGCCCCAUUCUGUUCCUUUGUAUGAGAUUGGCUAUUGAUUUCAAUAGGAGCAAGAUAGGGCUCUCUAUAUGCACACCUUCAGUCCAAUAAUAAACCAUCAUCCACAAUUUUUGAGCAAUUUUUGGCCUGUGUAAACUGGGGAUUUUGAAUUCUAAAAAAUGGAUUUACUGUUCUAUUUUGAGGAAAAACUAAUUGUGAAAUGACAGAAAAUGGAUGAGUACACAACUGAACUAUAAAUGGAACACUCCACAUUUGAGAUGGCAUAGAAGUUUGUAUCCCCUUGCCAAACACUAGGUACGACUAGCAAUUUCUGCUCAGGGUAGCCCAGCACUGGAAUAUUUAUAGGUAUGCUAGUUUAACAUGGAGAUGAUUUUUUAGCACCUACUUUUUACCUGUAUUUUGUGAAUCUGCAGUCAGUCCAUCAAAAUAAUUUAUGUAAGACACCAUGAGGAAUUUAAUCCUUUCCUAUAUCAAGGUGUACAGUAUUAGAGUGUAUAUUGCAACUAUAAUUAAGAUUAAUACACUUCAAAAGUAGAAGUGAUAAGAAGUGCAGUUGAAUAACUUAUUUUUCCCAUACCUCCUCUUUUUAUAAUUUAUAUUGCUAUUGCUUCAUGAGAACAUUUUUUUAUUAUGCCUUAUUUGACUGUGGAAAGUGAAUUACUCGCUUACCUUUAUAUUAAAUCUUAUACUCCUUUUUAAUAUAGAAUUACUUUAGAGUAAUAAUGAAAGUGAAUCUGAAAGUAAUGAGUGAAUCUGAAAGUUUAACAGGAUCAGAGAUAUUUAAUAUUUUAGAUCAGUAUAAUUAGUAACUUUUUGGUAGGGUCAGGGUGAUUUCAGUAUUUGCUGGUAAUUAGCUCUUUUAACUAAUUAAAGUGCACUUUUAAAAAAUAAAUGUCCUUUUCAGUAGAUUAACCUGUUUAAAAAGUGAUUACUAAAUAUUACUCAUUUUUAUUGUAAUGGGGCCCGUUCUCCUAUUACAAACCUAAGACAAAGAAGAAAGAUGGUCAGGUGCAUAAUGCAUGACAUCUAGGUUGCAUGUUUGGCUUUUUCAGAGGUCUGUAUGAUCUUUACCAAGUUCUUUUCUGUUGUGUGUCUUUCUUACAGUAAAAUGGGAAAUGGAGAAACUGACUAUACACAAAAUACUGUCAAAUGCAUAAUCUGAAAGUGAAAACAGUUUGGUUUUUCCUCAGAUCUGUCAGUUGUAAUAAGGUAGAAUGGGAAAUAUCAAAAACUUCAGACAGAAGUGUGAUUUCUAGGUUGCUGGCAAUCCUUCAUCAGAGCUUUAGUGGCCUAUCUGUAAAACUGGAUUACUUCUGCUUACCUACCUAACUAAAGUGGUGAUGUUUAUUUAAUUAAUGUUUGUAAAGGGCUUUGUGCUCUUCAGAUGGAAGUGUACACUGAAGGAAAGGCUGCUUUCAUGUUGAUUAUGAUGUCCUUCAGUAACUGUUAGGAAAUACCCUCACCAUUGGUCACUGUUACUAAAUUCAUACUAAAGGGAAUUCUGAAUGUGCACCAGGGAAGAACAGACACCCACAGAAUUAUUGCAGUAAAUAUUUAUAAAAUUGAUUGUAUAACCAUACCAGGAAACAUGUUUGACAAGCUGUUUAAAACACAAAUCUGCAUAUGUCAACUGAAUUUUGCAUCUCUUGCAAUUUUGCAUUUGUAAACAUUUUAAACUGAUGUUCUCUCUCUCUCUCUCCGUGUCAUGGAGAGAUGUAGUUUGAAAUUCUGAACUAAAAAUAAAUAGAAAAAGAUAGUUAGUUUGUUUUUGUUAUUCUCAGAGUAAUUGACCCCAAAAAGGAAAUUAACAGAGAUGCAAAGACUCUAACACUUUAGGGCAUGUUAACCAUCACUCAAGAAGUGUUAGUUCUGACCGUUGCAUGUGACCAACACAAAUUUAAUCAAUUUUAUCUUUGAACACUACAGUGUAUAGUGCAGUCAAGAUCCUCCAACACUAUGAGAAAUGACACACAUGGCUAAAAAUCUGUGUAGAUUAGCUGCUGUGUGCUAUUUUUCCCCAAGAACUAGCAUGACCGAUGUAACCCAUUCUGAAUUUUAUUUUAAUUAAAUAACUCUCUAGGAUCUAUGUACCUGGUCACCUUCUGGGAAAUAAAUAAAAGCAGUUGUGAAAAUCCAUCUCAAAACAGUAUUUUACUAAAUACUCAAAGUAUUAAUAAAUUUGGCUUUUGUGACUA